GGGAAAUUCGGUGUGACAUGUGUGGCGAGUUCCUGUCGCACGCUGAAGUCCGACCCACGCAUUCACGCCCCCCCCCCUCCAGCGCUGAGCGCCUGUGAGCCCAUGGCAGGUACGAGCGGCGGCAUGUCGGUCGACAGCGUGUUCAGGACCCGCUCCCUCGGCGUGGCCGCAGAGGGGCUUCCCGACCAAUACGCCGACGGCAAAGCAGCCAAGGUGUGGCAGCUGUACAUCGGAGACACGCAGAGCAGGACGCAGGAGUACAAGAGCUGGCUGGUGUCUGUGCUGAAGCAGAGCGGGGUGCGGAACGUGCUGGACGUAGCCUGCGGAACGGGGGUUGAUUCCAUCAUGCUGGUGGAGGAGGGCUUUAAUAUGGUCAGUGUGGAUGCCAGUGACAAAAUGCUCAAGUAUGCACUGAAGGCAAGAUGGGAGAGGAGAAAAGAAAAGGCUUUUGAUGAGUGGGUUAUUGAAGAAGCCAACUGGCUGACGCUGCCAGAGGAUAUCCAGAAACCAGGUGAUGGUUUUGAUGCAGUUAUUUGCCUCGGAAACUCAUUUGCCCACUUGCCAGACUUUAAAGGGGACCAAAGUGACCAAAAGUUGGCUCUGCGUAACAUUGCCAGCAUGGUCAGACCAGGUGGGAUCCUCAUCAUUGACCACCGUAACUACGACUACAUCCUGGAGACUGGGCGGGCACCACAAGGCAAAAACAUCUAUUACAAGAGUGAUUUAACUCAGGACAUCUCCACCUCGGUGCUGUGGGUCAAUAGUAAACCCCAUAUGAUUACGCUGGACUACACCAUCCAUGUGCCACAGAGCAUCAUCAAGGAUCUUCCUGAAGUCAGUAAAUUCCGUCUCUCCUACUACCCUCACCGUCUGGAGAGCUUCACUGCUAUACUGAACGAGGCCUUCAGUGGCAAAAUGCUGCACAGUGUCUACGGAGACUUCAAGGCGUACGUGCCCGGCCAAACCGAUGCCCCAUGCUAUUUCAUCCAUCUCUGUAAGAAGACGGCCUAGGAGCCUUGCAGGACGGGCCACUUCAUUAGUACAGAUGUGCACAUGCUUUCACAAGCAUCACGAAGCUCUCUGCCCACUCUUACAGUCCAGGUUUCAUUUUUUUCACACUUUGAUAAAAUUUGGCUUCAGUGUGUUUUUAUCACAUAUUUACUUGCAUUUUCAUUUUCCACUUUAUGCCUAUGUUUUAAAGCAGCAAACCCUUUUUUUGACCGUGCAAAGAAUAAGUAAAUGAUUAAAAUCUCAGCAAGUUGAUCUUAGCGGUAAAAUAAUUAUUUACCAGUUCAGACAUGUAUCAGCCACACCGGUUCGCCUCCAUGUGGAGUUUUCCCCUAGAACUCUGUGUGCUGUACAUUCAUUUUUUUCUUAUGCUGGAAUCCUCACACUGCUUUUCCAAGGUGAAACUUGCAGCGCAGUGCCAGGCAAGGGUGCUGCUGGUCAGUUUGGCCAGUUGGUGCUAGUUUAACCUGCUUUGGCAGAGUGCUCACUUAACUGUCGGUCAGAAGAAGUGUCCUUGACCAAACCAGUAUGUGGUCAGUUUAGGUUCUGCUUUAAUAAUCUCUGCUUUUUCCUGUUUUGUGGUACAGUUUACGUGAGCCAAUACCAAUGUUUACUCUGUCUACUGAUUUUCAUUGAUGAUUUUCAUGAAGGAAGCAUCAUUCAAGUUUAAUAAAAAUUAUUUUUAAGAACAAUCAAAGAACCAGUCACACAAAAGCGGGGUUUUAUUAAAUUGUUUUAAAAAUACCUAGAAUACCUUGGAGAAACUUAAAUGUAAUUGCACUUUAAAACACAUGUGUCUUAAAACCCUAUGGACCCCAGAGCCUAUUUCCCCCCGCGGGGCUCUAAGGGUCCAUAAGGUGUUAAUAACUGUGAGUCAGCCAAAAUAAUGAGUAUUAUGACUAGGGAAGAAUCUGUGUUUCUGUUAUAUACAGAUCCAAAUACAUACCAAAAAUAUUUUGGGGGGCUGAAAACCACUCAGAGAAAUCAAAUAUUAUCACUUCCACUGCUGUUUGCCUAAGAAUUACUGCAAGGUGCAUUUCAAUGUACAUAAUUUAUAAUUUAGUUUAUUCAGUGAUAAACUUUCAAAUGAAUAUUGCCAAUUAUUUCAAAGAAUGUUUUUUAAUGUACUAUAUAUAUAUAUAUAUAUAUAUAUAUAUAUAUAUAUAUAUAUAUAUAUAUAUAUAUAUAUACUGUAAUUGUUGAAAACUAUCAAGAAGUAAAAGAAUUAAUAAAAGGAUUCAUGUUUUUGUGUUGAUGAUAACAAAUAAAUAAAAUGAUAAACUGUAAUUUAAAGACAUGCUUUGUCUAAUCAGCAGUCGGGGUAACUAAAGGUUCUAAACUGCCUGUAGAUGUGGGAGAGAGUUUGUCUCUGUGUGAACUGAUGCUGAUUAUUAAUCGUAAAUAUAUAAUAUACUAGUAUAAGACUGUGGGUAUAUACCAAACAUCACCAAUUGUACCUUUUCAACAAAUACCAUUUAGGUACAUUCAGGGCAUUGUUAGGGUGCAGCUGCCGAAAUGACAGUGUGCAGAAAAUACACAGAAAACACAGAGCAGCUGUGUGCAGUACUGCUUGUGUUUGUAAAAUGUCAUUGUUUGUUUUUUAAUUACUACUAUUUACUUUAUUUCUUUUAUUUAUUAGAAUAGCAGAUCUUUAUCAGACACCAUUCUUCCUUUCCUGGGUGCAGUAGCUAUGCCUGUGACUGCAAUGUGCAUCUACUGUAUGACUGUUUAAAAUAAAAUUACAAAAGCUAA